CUGACGUGGCUUGUGCUUUCGGUCCGGGGUAGGCUGGGCUGGAUUGUUCCGCCGAAGGUUAGGGGGUCGUCUAACAGAGCCCCGGAAGCGGCGGCGGGACUGGGUUACGCUGCAGGGGAGUGCCAAGAUGCCGCUGGAACUGGAGCUGUGCCCCGGCCGCUGGGUCGGCGGGAACCAUCCCUGCUUCAUUAUCGCUGAGAUCGGGCAGAACCACCAGGGUGAUAUAGACGUGGCCAAGCGCAUGAUCCGGAUGGCAAAGGAGUGUGGGGCCGACUGUGCCAAAUUUCAGAAGAGCGAACUGGAACACAAGUUCAACCGUCGGGCUCUGGAGAGACCCUACACUUCUAAACACUCCUGGGGGAAAACCUACGGAGAACACAAACGCUACCUCGAAUUCAGCCAUGACCAGUAUAGGGAGUUACAGAAGUAUGCUGAGGAAAUAGGGAUUUUCUUCACUGCCUCUGGAAUGGAUGAGAUGGCAGUUGAGUUUCUGGAUGAAUUGAACGUUCCAUUUUUCAAAGUCGGAUCUGGAGACACUAACAAUUUUCCCUAUCUGGAAAAGACAGCCAAGAAAGGUCGUCCGAUGGUUAUUUCCAGUGGUAUGCAGUCCAUGGAUACGAUGAGGCAAGUCUACAAAAUUGUGAAACCCAUAAACCCAAACUUCUGCAUUCUGCAGUGCACCAGUGCCUACCCACUGCACCCUGAAGAUGUCAAUCUCCGUGUAAUUACAGAAUGGGGCAAAGCCUUCCCUGACAUCCCCAUAGGAUAUUCUGGGCAUGAAACAGGCAUCAUGGUCUCCGUGGCUGCAGUUGCUCUAGGGGCUAGUCUAGAACGUCAUGUGACUCUGGACAAAAACUUGAAAGGAAGUGACCAUCAGGCAUCUCUGGAGCCCAAUGAAUUAGCAGAGUUGGUAAAAGCAGUCCGCCUCGUAAAAAGCCUUGGGAUCCCAGUUUAAACAGCUCUUGCAUGUGAGGUGGCCUGCAAUGAGAAGCUGGGUAAAUCAGUGGUGGCCAAAGUGAGGAUUCCUGAAGGUACCAUAUUGACAAUGGAUAUGCUCACAGUGAAGGUGGGUGAACCGAAAGGAUACCCCCCUGAAGGCAUUGCCAAUCUCAUUGGCAAGAAGGUCAAAGUGAACAUCGAAGAAGAUGAUACCAUAACAGAAGAAGCGAUAGAAAAUUUGUCAAAAAAAAUUAAAUCUUAAAGAAAAAUGACAUUUUUUGAGCUGCUACCUCCCUGUCUUAGUUUUGGGCAACAGAUUAGAAUAAUCAGUACAUGGAGGAUGAAUGAAUGGAUGGUUGGGGUAAGUGGGCUACAUAAGCUCUCAAUAAGUGAUUGUCACAUGAAUGAAAGGAUGACCGUCACAAAUUACUCUCCUUGACACCACUCACCAUUUCUAUAACUUCCUAAAUCAAAAUGCCCUUCUCUGGCUACUGAUCACCUGUGAUGUUUUAUUGCCUGUUAAAAUGUAAAUUCCUCCAAGGGAUUCUCUUCACUUCUGUUUUUGUAUAUCCAGAGCUUAUCAAAAUGCUCAGCACAUGUUAAGACUUAAUAAAUUAUUUUUCAUUCAUUCGAA